CUCCCCUCCCCGCCCCUCUGGACUGGCUGGGCAGGGCUGGGCCCUGCCGGUCGACAACACAGGGGCUGGGGCAGGCAGAUCAGAGGGAGCUGAGGGAGAGGCCUGACCUGAGGCCGGCACCCGGAGCUGGUGGGAGCCAGACCCAGAGCUCCCGCAGCCGCCCCUUCCCUGGGCCGGGUCAUGCGCUGCCCCAAGUGCCUUCUCUGCCUGUCAGCACUGCUCACACUCCUGGGCCUCAAAGUGUACAUCGAGUGGACAUCCGAGUCCCGGCUCAGCAAGGCCUACCCCAGCCCUCGGGGCACCCCGCCAGGCCCCACGCCAGCCAACCUUGAGCCCACCCUACCUGCCAACCUCUCCACCCGCCUGGGCCAGACUGUCCCGCUGCCCUUCGCUUACUGGAACCAGCAGCAGUGGCGGCUGGGGUCCCUGCCCAGUGGGGACAGCACUGAAACGGGGGGCUGCCAGGCUUGGGGGGCCGCCGCCGCCACCGAGAUCCCUGACUUCGCCUCCUACCCCAAGGACCUCCACCGCUUCCUGCUGUCGGCAGCCUGCCGGAGCUUCCCACAGUGGCUGCCUGGAGGUGGUGGCGGCCAAGUCUCCAGCUGCUCAGAUAUUGAUGUCCCCUACCUGCUGUUGGCCGUCAAGUCAGAACCAGGGCGCUUUGCAGAACGACAGGCCGUGAGGGAGACGUGGGGCAGUCCAGCUCCAGGGAUCCGGCUGCUCUUCCUGCUAGGGUCUCCGGUGGGUGAGGCGGGGCCUGACCUAGACUCACUAGUGGCCUGGGAGAGCCGUCGCUACAGUGACCUGCUGCUCUGGGACUUCCUCGACGUCCCAUUCAACCAGACACUCAAAGACCUGCUGCUGCUGGCCUGGCUGGGCCGCCACUGCCCCACCGUGAGUUUUGUCUUGCAAGCUCAGGACGAUGCCUUUGUGCACACCCCUGCCCUGCUGGCUCACCUGCGGGCCCUGCCACCUGCCUCGGCCCAAAGCCUCUACCUGGGUGAGGUCUUUACCCAGGCCAUGCCUCUCCGGAAGCCAGGAGGACCCUUCUACGUGCCCGAGUCCUUCUUCGAAGGUGGCUACCCAGCCUAUGCAAGUGGGGGUGGCUACGUCAUUGCCGGGCACCUGGCACCCUGGCUGCUGCGGGCAGCAGCCCGUGUGGCACCCUUCCCGUUUGAGGACGUCUACACUGGCCUUUGCAUCCAAGCCCUGGGCCUGGUGCCCCAGGCCCACCCAGGCUUCCUCACAGCCUGGCCAGCAGACCGCACUGCGGACCACUGCGCUUUCCGCAACCUGCUGCUGGUACGGCCCCUGGGCCCCCAGGCCAGCAUUCGGCUCUGGAAACAACUGCAAGACCCAAGGCUCCAAUGCUGACUCUCGGUGGGGAGGGUGGAGGUGCUGACCUGGCCCGGGCCCUGGCCUGGGCCUCUGGGGCCUGCCCCUGGCUCAGCCCUUCCUUCCAGGUCUUGAUGGGAGGGAGGAGGGCCCAGAAGCUGGACAACUUAAGCCACUCCUUGGCCUCCCCAGCCAGGGGCCUGGGCAGGAAAGAUGGGGUGGUGGACUGUUUUUGCCUACUUUUUGAUUUUGAAAAACAUGCACUCCCCACUCUGA